UGCGGAUUUUUGACCCGAUAUAGAUGACGACGCUGGGUGCACUUUCAGCUUUUGUAGUUGCUAACCAGGCAAUUCAAACAGCUGAUAUCUUACAAAUUCCGACCUCCAACUUGAGAUGGGAGCUCCAACAUCUGCCAUGUAGAUUUCAUGUGAAACAGCCAACUCAUGUUUUUCAAAUAUUAGCCACACAUGGAAGGAACCAAAAGCCAAGGAUGUCAGCUUUUGCUGUUCCAGAUGGAAAUAAGAAGGCUGAAAUGGGCAGUUCACAUGGCGAUCCAGUGUUUGUGAUGUCUAAAAAUAAUAGACGUUCCAAGGAUCCAGAUGUGGAAGCUGUUGCAUCCAGUUCACAAUCACAAGCCAACUUUUGUCCAAAUUCUGAGCAGCCAGGAAGCCAAGGAACACUUCUUGACAAGCUAAAGGCAGUUCACUUACAUGUAUUAGCAUCUGAACAAUGGAAUGCUUCUCUACUUAAAUUAUGUCACAGAAAAUACUUGGUAAGUGCAACAAACUUAGUACAUUUUUUGGCACUGAAAUGCCUUGAUCUAGAGCAGCUCAAUGAAGAUCUUUCUUCUGUUGGUCUUUUGAAUUUGGAGACCGUCAAUUCUCAUAUCCAUGCAAGUCUUACUGCAGCCAUCCGAUUGCUAGAAACUUUGAAAUUAAACUCUUUGAACACGAAGGAGAAUAUUGGUCCAGGAAUUGACACCCAAAAUAGAAUAGACCAACUAAAGAAUGAGAAGUUCACAAUACAUACAAUGAAGAAGGCAUUCUCUAAUGGGGAGUUACUAUUGGGGCCAUUUCAACAUGACAGAACUACUCAUAUUAUGGUCACAGUUGGCCAAGAAGCCCUUGGGAGUGAAAUGCUUAUAACUGACCUUAUCAAGAUGGGGGCCUCCAUUAUACGGAUUAAUUGUGCACAUGGAAACCCAAGUGAUUGGAGUGAGAUAAUCAGUAGAGUGAAAAGAAGUUCUCAUUUGCUGGAGAAACCAUGUCGAAUUCUCAUGGAUUUAGCUGGACCUAAGCUCCGAACAGGCAAACUGAAGCCAGGUGAAUGUGUGAUGAAGAUAUCGCCCAAGAAAAAUGCUACUGGAAAUGUGAUCUUCCCUGCUCAAGUUUGGCUUUGUCAUAAAGGAGCUGGUCCUCCUCCUGCUCACUUCACUCCUGAUGCAGUUCUUUUCAUAGAUGACCAAGAAUUUCUCAGCAAGAUCAAUGUAGGUCAUACUGUGAGAUUUCAUGACAUUAGAGGAAGAAAAAGGAUGCUUAAGAUUUGCAGGAGGCUUGAUGUAUUUUCUGGCACUGGGUAUGUGGCUGAGUGUUCUAGGACUGCUUAUGUUGAGUCAGGAACGGAAUUGUAUGUUAAGAGAAAAAAAUUGAAGUUCCCAAUUGGAAAAGUGGUGGAUGUACCUUCCAUAGAGCCAUUUAUAAGAUUGAGAGUUGGAGACUUGUUAAUUAUAUCACGAGAUCGUUUGUGUGAACAAGAUGAAUUGCCUGGACCCACUAGUUCUGCUCCUACAAUAGCUUGUUCUUCUGGCCUUCUAUUUGAUUCUGUCAAACCAGGAGAUCCCAUUGCUUUUGAUGAUGGAAAGAUUUGGGGAGUAGUUCAAGGAACUAGUAUCUCAGAGAUUAUUGUUUCAAUCACUCAUGCUGGUCCAAAAGGUACUAAGCUUGGAUCUGAAAAAUCCAUCAACAUCCCAGAGAGCAAUAUAUGGUUUGAAGGCCUAACUUCAAAGGAUCUUAUGGAUCUUGAUUUUGUUUCUGCUAAUGCUGACAUGGUUGGAGUUUCAUUUGUCCGAGAUGUUCGUGAUAUAGUAGUUCUCCGCCAAGAAUUAGAGAAGCGGAAACUUCAAAAUCUAGGAGUUGUUCUAAAGAUCGAGACAAAGAGUGCAUUUGAGAAAUUGCCUCUGAUGUUGUUGGAGGCAAUGAAGUCUUCAAAUCCUCUAGGGGUGAUGAUCGCAAGAGGAGAUCUUGCGGUGGAGUGUGGGUGGGAAAAGUUGGCUGAUGUGCAAGAUGAAAUUCUAUCUGUCUGUAAUGCUGCCCACAUACCAGUCAUUUGGGCAACUCAAGUGCUGGAGUCACUUGUCAAGUCUGGGAUGCCUACCAGAGCUGAGCUAACUGAUGUAGCCAAUGGAAGGAGGGCAGGUUGCAUCAUGUUGAACAAAGGAAAACACAUUGAAGAGGCUGUUAAAUUCUUGGAUGGCAUCUUAGAUGGAAGCUCCAUAAAGAUGUAAGCAGCACUUAAGCCUCUUGUACUCUUCAGCCACUUGUUUCAGUGCAAGCUCAUCUGCUUAUCUUGCGAGGUAUAUAAAUCUCCUUGUUUAUGUGCAGCAAGAGGUUUCCAUUUGAAUUUAGGACAUUAGAGGGGUUUCAAUCUGUAAAUACUUCCCACUUUCAUCAAAGCAAUCAUUUAAAUUUUUCACAUUUUA